AUGAAACAUUCAAGAACCACAUUGCUUGCUUUUAUCUUCCUCGUUGUCAUCAUAUGGGAAUCAAACUCAUCAUUAGCGAAUGCAGAGACUUUCACACAAUGCCUGACCUCAAACUCCGACCCCAAACAUCCCAUCUCCUCCGCCGUGUUCUUCUCCGGAAACCCCUCCUACUCCUCCGUGCUAGAAGCCAACAUCCGUAACCUCCGCUUCAACACCACCGCAACUCCAAAACCUUUCCUCAUAAUCGCGGCCACACAUGAAUCACACGUUCAAGCCGCGGUUACUUGCGGCCGACGUCACAACCUCCAGAUGAAAAUCAGAAGCGGUGGCCACGACUACGACGGCUUGUCAUACGUUACGUACUCUGGGAAGCCGUUUUUCGUGCUCGACAUGUUUAAUCUACGAUCGGUUGACGUUGACCUGAAGAGUAAAACCGCGUGGGUCCAAAGCGGUGCCAUUCUCGGAGAAGUUUAUUACUAUAUAUGGGAGAAGAGCAAAACCCUAGCUUAUCCCGCCGGGAUUUGUCCUACGGUUGGUGUCGGCGGCCAUAUUAGCGGCGGAGGUUAUGGUAACAUGAUGAGAAAAUACGGUCUCACCGUCGAUAAUACUGUCGAUGCAAGAAUGGUCGACGUCAAUGGGAACAUUUUGGAUAGAAAAUCGAUGGGAGAGGAUCUCUUCUGGGCAAUCAACGGAGGAGGAGGAGGAAGCUACGGCGUCGUUUUGGCUUACAAAAUAAACCUCGUCGACGUCCCUCAAAACGUGACCGUUUUCAGAGUCUCCCGAACAUUGGAGCAGAACGCGACGGAGAUCGUUCACCGGUGGCAACAAGUCGCGCCGUUUCUUCCCGACGAACUCUUCAUAAGAGCAAUCGUCGACGUCGUAAACGGCACCGUUUCGUCUACAAAAACCGUCAGGGCAAGUUUCGUAGCCAUGUUUCUCGGUGACACGUCGACGCUUCUGUCCAUAUUAAACCGGAGAUUCCCAGAACUGGGUCUGGUCCGGUCUGACUGUACCGAGACGAGCUGGAUCCAGUCGGUGCUUUUCUGGACGAAUAUCAGAGUGGGAACGCCGGAGAACGUUCUCCUCCAGAGGAACCAAACCGUGAAUUAUCUCAAGAGGAAAUCGGAUUACGUCCGCGAACCGAUUUCGAAAACCGGUUUAGAGUCGAUUUGGAAGAAGAUGAUCGAGCUUGAAAUUCCUACAAUGGCUUUCAAUCCAUACGGCGGGAAGAUGGCGAAGAUCCCGUCGACGGCGACUCCGUUCCCAUACAGAGCAGGGAAUCUCUGGAAGAUUCAGUACGGCGCGAAUUGGAGAGAGGACAGAUUAACGAACCGGUACAUGGAACUGACGAGGAAGUUGUACCAAUUCAUGACACCUUUCGUUUCCAAGAAUCCGAGACAGUCGUUCUUCAACUAUCGGGAUGUUGAUUUGGGAAUCAACUCGCACAGAGGAAGAAACAGGAGCUAUGAAGAAGGUAAGCGUUACGGGGAGAAGUAUUUCGCCGGGAAUUUCGAGAGGUUGGUGAAGAUCAAGACGAGAGUUGAUGGUGGUAACUUCUUCAGGAACGAACAGAGUAUUCCUGUGUUACCAUAG